UCUUCUGAUAUUCUAGCUUUUUGGGAGAAAAAUUGAGCUCCUCGAACCAAACCCCAUCCCCAACUCAUACUUCAAACUAUGGCAACAGAACAGCCGACCGAGAAUGGCAGCGCCAAAGCCCCCACUGUUGCUGAGGCCUCUGCAGCGAGAUCUCCCUCUCAGCGCACUACUCCCAAGAAGCCAAAAGUUUCACGUCUUGUUCUCUGCUUCGAUGGUACAGGAAACAAGUUCACUGGUGAUGCCUCGGACACCAAUAUCGUGAAGAUAUAUCAACUGCUUGCCAGGGGCACCAAAGGUCAAUUUCACUACUACCAACGUAAGUUCCUUUCUCCCCAAGGGAAGGAUCCCUCCUAAGAGUCGAACACGUCUAACCCUAAAAAGCCGGUAUCGGGACCUACGUUACGGGGACAAAUAGCUUCACCCCGAAAAUAUGGAGCACAUUCACAGACUACAUCACGCAAACACUAGACGAAGCUCUAGGAAUAUCCUUCGCAGACCACGUAGUCUCAGGCUACAAGUUCAUAAUGCGUUACUACACCCCAGGUGACGAUAUCUAUAUCCUUGGCUUCUCACGGGGCGCCUACACAGCGCGAUUCCUGGCACAGAUGGUGCAAUCCAUCGGCCUCCUGUCCAGGGGUAACGAGGAAAUGAUAAACUUCGCCUGGGACACAUACGCAAAGUAUGAGCGGCGGCGUGAGGACCGUGACCCCAAAGCUGAAAGCUUCAUGGAGAAUUUCCGCGACACCUUCUGUCGGAAAGAUGUGACAAUCCGCUUUUUAGGACUCUUCGACUCCGUGAACUCAGUUGGUAGCUUCGAAAUUCCCGGACUGCGUCGUAGCUUCGACAACAUCUCCAUCCCGCCGGCGAUUCACGUACGCCAUGCUGUCUCCAUAGACGAGCGGCGGGCAAAGUUCAAGCCAGCGCUCUUCGACGAUAAGCGUGGGCACGACAUCAAGGAGGUCUGGUUUCCGGGGAACCACGGUGACGUUGGCGGCGGGUGGGUACCGGACAGCAACGGGCAUCUGCUGAGCGACAUACCCUUGGCCUGGAUGAUAAACGAAAUGAAGAAUCUGCCGAACGUGGAGAAACCCCUCGCCUGGCUCGAAGAGGCAGGGAAUAUCCCCCACCACGACCCAGUGCAGAGCCCGCACGUCGCGCGUACUGCCGUAUUGGGAAAGAUACACGACGCACUGGCAUUCGCAAAGGGCUUUACCUUUACCAACGUUUUUGGCUGGUGGCUGAUAGGUCUCCUUCUCCUCCCACCCCCUUACGCCAAACCGUAAAACCGUAUUAACCUGUGACAACAGAAUGGAUACCCAUAUUCUCCCGUCGCGAGCUUGAGGAUGACAAGUGGGUCUCCCGGCGCAUCCCGCCCAACGGCGGCGAGUCGAGGGACCUGCCGUCUGGCGCGACUAUACACGCUAGCGCGCACGUGCGCGAACUCGAGGACCCGAAGUACCGUCCCAAGAAUACCAACUACAGGUCGGCCAUCGGGCCGGGACAACAGGCCCCACGCAAGAAGGAGAGUAGUUGGCGGACUUGGCAGAAUGAUCUUGUCGGGAAGCAGUGGAAUAGCGUGGGAGUGCACGAACGGGAGCCGUUGUUGAAUGGGGGUGGGAAUAGUGCCACUGCUUAAUUUGGGGAAGUUUCCGGGAGUGUGGGUGGGGGGGGAAGUAAAGGCUUGAUUUUAUUGGUUUUUUUAUUUGUCAACUAUAGUGAUGUAAAUCGAGAGAGUUAUGAUAGCUUACUACAAUAUCAUAUGAGGAUCACAAAAAGUCACUCGCUAUGCUAAUUAAGUCUUUC